UUUCCCGGAGGUGGGGCUGCCUGGCCGCACUUCCUCGUCCUGCGCCGCUCCCCCUUCCUCGGCGCGGCUACAUUGCUGUGGGAAAGGACUCGGCCUGGGACGCUGCCCAGUUCUCCCCUGACCCUUCGCUCCAACUGGGUGGGCUGAGCCACCCUCAUGGAAGGGAGAGGACCCUACCGGAUCUACGACCCUGGGGGCAGCAUACCUCCAGGAGAGGCAUCCGCAGCUCUUGUGCGCCUAGUGGAGGAGAAUUCCCGGCUGAAGGAAAAAAUGCAAGGGAUAAAGAUGUUAGGGGAGCUUUUGGAAGAAUCCCAGAUGGAAGCAUCCCGGCUCCGGCAGAAGGCAGAGGAGCUGGUCAAGGACAAUGAGGCACCGCCUUCUCCUUCCCUGGGCUCCUUCAACCACCUGGCUGAACUCACAGGAAAGGACCCAAGUGUCCCUGCACCACUCCCUGCGCCUGUACAUCCGAGCGAUGAGUCCACACCACCCCCGAAGCCUCCACCCAGCGGCACAUCCUCUGAAUUUGAAGUGGUCCCUACCGAGGAGCACAGUUCUCCAGCAGACAGUGGCAGCCACCCCAGGAACUCAGUGGAGCUGGGCCCCCUGCCCUGCGAGGAUGGCAACCUGAUGCAGCACCUGCAGCGCCUGGAGACCACCCUGAGCGUGUGUGCUGAGGAGCCCGACCACAGCCAGCUCUUCACCCACCUGGGCCGCAUGGCGCUGGAGUUCAACCGGCUGGCUUCCAAGGUGCACAAGAAUGAGCAGCGCACCUCCAUCCUACAGACCCUGUGCGAGCAGCUUCGGAAGGAGAACGAGUUACUGAAGGCCAAGCUGGACAAGGGCCUGGAGCAGCGGGAUCAGGCUGCCGAGAGACUGCGGGUGGAAAACAUGGAGCUUAAGAAGUUAUUGAUGAGCAGCAGCAGAGAGGGAACCUGUGGACAGCCAGCCUCAUCGAAGACGGAGGGUGCCAGUGAGAAGGCGGUGGCAGUGCAGCAGCAGCAGCAGCAGCAGCAGGCACAGGCUGGUGUGAUGGCAGGCAGGGCCCCAGCAGUGGGGGCCCUGGGUACAGUCGAGAAGAAGGUGAAGAUGCUGGAGCAGCAGCGCAUGGAGCUGCUGGAGGUGAACAAGCAGUGGGACCAGCACUUCCGGUCCAUGAAGCAGCAGUAUGAGCAGAAGAUCACCGAGCUGCGCCAGAAGCUGGCAGAGCUGCAGAAGCAGGUGGCUGCACUGGAGGCCGAGCGGGAGCAGAAGCAGCGCGACUUCGACCGCAAGCUCCUGCUGGCCAAGUCCAAGAUUGAGAUGGAGGAGACUGACAAGGAGCAGCUGACCGCCGAGGCCAAGGAGCUGCGCCAGAAGGUCAAGAACCUGCAGGACCAGCUGAGCCCGCUCACCAGGCAGCGCGAGUACCAGGAGAAGGAGAUCCAGCGGCUGAACAAGGCCCUAGAGGAAGCGCUGAGCAUCCGCGCCUCCCCAUCAUCCCCAGGAACCUUUGUUUUUGGGAAUCCAGAGGGUGCUGACAGCCUCCUGAGGAAGCAGGAGCUGGCCACGCAGAACGAGCUGCUGAAGCAGCAGGUGAAGAUCUUUGAGGAGGAUUUCCAGAGGGAGCGCAGCGACCGGGAACGCAUGAAUGAGGAGAAGGAGGAGCUGAAGAAGCAGCUGGAGAAACUGCAGGCCCAGGUCACCUUGUCUAACAGCCAGCUGAAAGCUUUGAAGGAGGAAGAGAAGGCAAAAGAGGCCCUGAGACAGCAGAAGAGGAAGGCCAAGGCCUCAGGCGAGCGCUACCACAUGGAGCCCCACACAGAACACAUCUGUGGGGCCUACCCCUACGCCUUCCCGGCUGUGCCAGCCCUGGUGCCGCAUCACGGCUUCGAGGACUGGUCCCAGAUCCGCUACCCCCCACCUCCCGUGGGCAUGGAGCACCCACCCCCGAUUGCCAGCUCACGCCUCUUCCAUCUGCCAGAAUACACCUGGCACCCUCCCUAUGGCGGGGUGCGGAAUCCGAGCUCCCAGGUGACGGACACGGCCCCAGCCAGGCCUGCAGAACCAGAGUCUGCAAAAACUGACUGCGAGGGGCCACAGUGAGACCAGAUUGUGUCAUUUGGCUCCACCUUCAUCUUGCAGAGCUGCUUGACCUCAGAUUACCAAGAAACUAGAGGCUGAGCACUUGGGUGGCCAGAGCCUCCGUGGGUGAGCACCUCACCAUUGGGGUACACCAGGAGCUCACUGCCCUGCCUCUCACUGCCUCGUGGAAAGGCUGGCUAGCCCCAACCUGCCCUGGAGCCACAGGGUGUGCAUCUUCAGAGCAGGGUCCAGCCAGGCCCUUUUAAAACCUCCAUGGAAGUGGUCCUUGCUGCAGGUGCCAAGUCCACAGUCUGUGUGUAUGUUUGACUUUUGCCUCAAGUGCUAUAGCAGGCCUGCCCCAGGCCCAUCCAUAUCCCUCUGAAGAGCUGAGGAGGGCCGCUGCCUCCAGAGCCAGAGGAUGGAAGGAGGAGGCCACAGCAGGGGCUGUACACCUCCACCCAGCAGCGUGUCACAGUGAAGGCUGCUGCAGCCACAUCUGUGGAGGGACCCUGACACGCACAGCGGAAGUGUUGUGAUGCCCGCAGACCAUGGGGCUGGCUGGCUGUCCCAACACACUGAUUUGCACAAAUUUUGGACAUAAAUCGGAGUUAAAAAUCA